UUUUUAGAGAGUUAUGUCAGAACUUCACUUGCUGGCAGGAGUUUGCAUUGUGUGUCUCUUGCUGAGCCUGCUCAGUGUUGGCUGAGUGAUGGAGAUGGUUUGUGGUGCAUUGCCUGUUCCAUGGAACAGCUGAUCACAGGGAUUUCCUGAAGAAACAGUUACAGGCAAUGUCCUCUGGUUUAUCUUUUGGCUCUGGUAAUGGUUUCUGCCUCUAGGAGUUGCAUGAUCAGAUCAUUUAAAACUCUAUAACUCUUAAAGAUGGUUGGUACAGGUCAGUUUUCUCAGUUCUGCCUAAAUCCCACUCUGUAUGUGAACUAUAGGAGUCAAAUCAGCAGAGUGAUUGCCCUGGCAGUACUCUGUGCCUACUAAUUAAUGAGGAAAACAACUGUGUCACUUAGCAGCAAUUAGGGAGGUAGAACUUUCCAGAGGAUGCUGCCAGUGGAGCCUGAUGUCAGCUGUGAAGAGCCUGUAGUGCUGCUGAAACAUUCACCUUUGUGAGCCUCCAGGAAGAGUUCCCUGAUGUUGCUGGGGUCUCAGAAACUGUAAUUUUGGUAACUGGAAUAGUGUGCAAAGCUCCAGCAGUAGGAGAUUUAGUUUUGUUAGUGCUCUUGGAAGGAAAAGGAACUGCUUCCUGUUGAAGUAUUGCUUUGGCUUUAGGGCAGACCUAAAGGGAUAUUCCUCCAAAGAAAAUCCCCCCGCCUUUCCUGCACUCCCUGCUCAGCCUGAACUGUCAGUUUGGAGAAGAGGUGCAAGAAGAGUUUUGUCGUUGGUUUCUGUUUGGUGUGUGUGUACAGGCAGGUUAGUUUGGCAGUGCCUGGUUAUAUUGCAACCAUUUUUAUCGGAUUGUGUCAGGAGUCCUUGGCACUGGCAGUGAGGAUAUCCGCUGGGUUUAUGCAAGGCUGGGAGUGGUGGCAGGAGAAGCUGCAGGCAUGGGAAAGAGGCAGAGCCUGUGCUCGGAUGCUGCGGCUUGGGUGUAUUGCUGAUAUGGCUGCCCCCUGCAUCUACAUGGCCUCUUCCAAGGUCAGCUUUGGGGUCUUUGUGUUUUGGGGCCUUUCCCUUUGCUCCAUGUGCUGUUGACUGUCUUAGGUCUGAAAAUAAUAGUGUUCAUGACCUUGGGAAAUUGUUCUGCAUAGAAUCCCUUAGGAGAUGUAGUGAGCGGCAUUCCUGUCACUGGUGCUGGAGGUGAUCACAGUGUUCUGCUCCAGGUCCAUGUGCUGUUGCCAGCACUGAUGUUUGGCAAAGGACAGGUGUCCAACAGGGCUGAGAUGCUGGGGACCCAUAGAGGGUUCAUGUGAACUGCUAUAAUUCAGCUGUUACAGAUCUGAACAAAAAGAAAGACAGAGCAUGACAGACCUUCUUCCAGGAGAGCGUGUGGCACCAGAACCACUGCCGGGGCAUCCUGGAGGGUGACAGACAUGUUAGACACUGCUUUCCGAGUUGGGAAAGUGGGACAGUGAAGUUUUCCCCAAGACUGUGAAGAGUAUCAUAAAACAUGGAGUUACAGUAGAACCAUUCCUGUGACUUCCAUAGAGAUUGUGGUCCUCAUUACAGAGGGUGACUUCUUCAUUGGCAGGAAUCGUGAGGAAUUCAGAGAGGAAUCAGUGGAGCUGAUGUAGGAAGAGCCAAUCUAAAUUUAGGAUGUUUCUAGUGCAGAAUUACUCCAAGAUGUUUCUUCCAGUAUAACUAAAUCUGUCAACUGCUCUCCCUACAAACUGGCCAUGUCUUGUUUUGAAUUAAUCACAACAGUUCACGUUUCUUUUUUAAGGGUCAUUGUUGAGGUCAUUACAUAUCCUUUGUUAUUUCUCUACAGUUGGACAAAAUCAGCUAUUUAAAAGAAAUGUGGAAAAUAAUUUUGGUGGAAAAUGCAGUUAAAGCAGACUGUGCUGUUCCAAAACAAUACCCAGAGAAAAGUUUUACUUCAAAUCUAAGCUUUUUUUUUUUAACUCAAAUUUUUAAAUCUCCUUUUCUGUUGAUGCUGUCCCUUUAGUAGGUAAAUGAUCUUCAGGAAAGGAUGUAAAAUGUCAAUUUUGUUAAUCCAGGCUUGUUUCUAUUUUAGCUGUAAAAUCAUAGAAAAAUAUAGGUUGCAGGGGACUUCUGGAGGUCAUUUGUUCCAUACUUGUAUUGCUGAAGAUCAUCAUGAGAACACACAAAUCAGGUUUCUUUUUUGAGAUAGAGCAUGUUUUUUUAAUAAAGUUGAUUACUAUGAUUUCUUUUAAAAGUAAGCUGGGUGUUGAUUGAUGUUGACUGCCAGCAGGCAGUACUAUAAUAUUUAGGCAUGUCUUGAUUUUUUAAUUUCAGUAUUUCUCCAGAAUUAGAUAUUCUCUUAAUUCUGAAGGAGCAAAUGUGCUUUUCUGGGAGGAUUACAGGGCUAUAUGAGCUAUAUGAAGGAAAUAAUCAGCAAUUUUAUCUGAUAAUUGUAAUUCUUGCUCACCCUACCAAAUCACAUUUUACAGUCAUGAUUUUAGAGGCUGGGUUGAAGCUCUCUGCUAUGAAAGGUAACAUCUUGCUUGCAGUUGUAGAUGAAAGAAGGGGAAUAACCUUUUGAUUCCAGACUCUGCACUGUAAUUCUGCUCUUCUCCACUGACAGAGCUUUUCUUCUCUCACAACAAACCCGCUGCUGUCUCAGCCUGUUUACAGUCUUAGGCUGGCACAAUCGCCACUGUAAUGAGCUUACGUGGGGAAAGUAGAAGUGAGAGGAAAGUCUCUAGACCUGUUUGGCCGAUCUGUCCACCUUGCUUUCUCCUGGAGAGGAAGGUGAGCUUGUCUGGGAUUCAUAAAUCUACGGAAAUGUUUUCUUGGCUCUUCGAGUUCAGCUUGCUGCAGUUCAGGGCCUGUUUUACUCCUUUGGGACUGCUGUGGGCUCGCUGAAGCUGAGUUCAGGUGGAGGAAUCUGAGGCCUUUCUCCUCUGUCAGCACUGCAGACCAGGUCGCCUCUGAUUUCACAUCUCAUUUCCGCCUGCCAAGCUGUCUGAUAUGUCGGGACCCGUGCCGAGCAGGGCCAGAGUUUACACGGAUGUGAACACACACAGACCCCGGGAGUACUGGGACUAUGAGUCGCAUGUUGUUGAGUGGGGAAAUCAAGAUGACUACCAGCUAGUUCGAAAAUUAGGCCGAGGCAAAUACAGUGAAGUAUUUGAAGCCAUCAACAUCACAAAUAACGAAAAAGUAGUUGUUAAAAUUCUCAAGCCUGUUAAAAAGAAGAAAAUCAAGCGUGAAAUCAAGAUCUUAGAGAACUUGCGAGGCGGUCCCAAUAUAAUCACCCUUGCAGAUAUAGUAAAAGAUCCUGUGUCUCGAACACCUGCUCUGGUUUUUGAACAUGUAAACAACACAGACUUUAAGCAAUUAUACCAGACAUUAACAGAUUAUGAUAUUCGAUUCUACAUGUAUGAGAUUUUGAAGGCUCUAGAUUACUGCCAUAGCAUGGGAAUCAUGCACAGAGAUGUCAAACCUCACAAUGUCAUGAUUGACCAUGAGCACAGAAAGCUUAGACUAAUAGACUGGGGUUUGGCUGAAUUCUAUCACCCCGGCCAGGAGUACAAUGUCAGAGUGGCUUCCAGAUAUUUCAAAGGACCUGAACUUCUUGUAGAUUAUCAGAUGUAUGAUUACAGUCUGGAUAUGUGGAGCUUGGGUUGCAUGUUGGCUAGUAUGAUAUUCCGAAAGGAGCCAUUUUUCCAUGGCCAUGACAACUAUGAUCAGCUGGUGAGGAUAGCCAAGGUGCUGGGGACAGAAGAUCUGUAUGACUACAUUGACAAAUACAACAUUGAGCUGGAUCCACGUUUCAAUGACAUCUUGGGCAGACACUCCCGUAAGCGAUGGGAGCGCUUUGUCCACAGUGAGAACCAACAUCUGGUGAGCCCAGAAGCUCUGGAUUUCUUAGACAAGCUGCUGCGAUACGAUCACCAGUCACGACUCACAGCGAGAGAAGCCAUGGAACAUCCCUACUUCUAUCCCAUUGUGAAAGACCAGGCUCGGAUGGGCUCGUCCAACAUGCCGGGUGGCAGCACUCCUGUCAGCAGUGCGAGCAUGAUGUCAGGGAUUUCUUCAGUGCCAACACCUUCGCCCCUUGGACCUCUAGCAGGCUCACCCGUCAUCUCUGCCACCACCACCCUGGGGAUGCCGGUUCCAGCUGCUGCGGGCGCCCAGCAGUAG